CAUACAAUUCAACAACCCUGUCCGAAACUUAAAUUAGUAUUAACCAUUAUUUUAUUCAUCAAAACUACUGCGACUAGAACAACUCAUUUCUAACACAUUUAAAACUACCCCAACUCAAAACUACCACACGGAGAGACCCACAUUCUGUUACAUACAUACACAUUCUGUUACAUACAUAAGUCGUGUCUAUAUAAUAUUCAAACAAUUGUAGUUAAGUUUGAGCUAGUUUGAGUUUGUAAUUCAAGUAAGAAAUGGAAGGAGUUGAUUACUUGGGUGAUGAGAGGAGGAAAGCUGAGUUUGAUGUGGAUGAAAUGAAGAUUGUUUGGGCUGGUUCCAAGCACGCUUUCGAUCUCACUGAUCGUAUGUCCAAGAUGGUGGCCAGUGAUCCUGUUUUUCGGAAGGAUAAUAGGACUAUGCUUGACAGAAAGGCCUUGUUCAAGAGCACCCUUGAAAAAUCAGCUCAUGCAUUCAAGAGGGUCGAUGAACUUAAUCUAACUUAUGAAGAGGCAACUAAGCUAAGAUUUUUCAUCGACGAGCCCACUUACACAGAUCUUCAUUGGGGAAUGUUUGUUCCUGCUAUAAGAGGACAAGGUACUGAGGAACAACAAGAAAAGUGGUUAAAGCUUGCCGAGAAAAUGCAAAUUAUCGGUUGCUAUGCACAAACUGAACUUGGUCAUGGAUCCAAUGUACAAGGUCUUGAAACCACUGCCACAUUUGAUUCCACAACGGAUGAGUUUGUAAUUCACAGUCCAACACUUACAUCAAGCAAAUGGUGGCCUGGAGGUUUGGGUAAAGUAUCGACACAUGCUGUUGUUUAUGCUCGUCUUAUAAUUGAGGGUCAAGACCAUGGGGUACAUGGUUUUAUUGUCCAACUGCGGAGCUUAGAGGACCACUUACCUCUUCCGGGCAUAACUGUUGGUGAUAUUGGUACGAAAUUUGGCAAUGGAGGAUACAACACAAUGGACAAUGGUGUGUUAAGAUUUGAUCACGUGCGUAUACCUAGAAACCAAAUGUUGAUGCGAGUCUUGCAGGUUUCAAGAGAAGGAAAAUGUACAUAUUCUGAUGUUCCUCGCCAGCUUAUAUAUGGGACUAUGGUAUAUGUCCGGCAAAAUAUUGUAACAGAUGCUUCAAUUGCUUUAUCUAGGGCAGUUACUGUUGCUACAAGAUACAGUUGUGUUCGCAGACAAUUUGGUUCACAGAAUGGUGGGAUGGAGACUCAGGUCAUUGAUUACAAAACACAGCAGAACAGGCUUUUCCCUUUGCUGGCUUCGGCUUAUGCAUUCAGAUUUGUUUCUGAAUGGUUAAAAUGGUUGUAUGGUGAUGUGACAGCCAGAUUGAAUGCCAAUGACUUCUCAAUGUUGCCAGAGGCACAUGCAUGUACUGCCGGGCUCAAGUCUUUGACCACAUCUGCCACUGCCGAUGCUAUUGAAGAAUGUCGAAAAUUGUGUGGGGGCCAUGGCUACCUAUGUAGUAGUGGCCUUCCUGAAUUGUUCGCGAUGUAUGUACCUGCAUGUACAUAUGAAGGAGACAAUGUGGUGCUGCUUUUACAGGUUGCGAGGUUUCUUGUGAAGACUGUAUCUCAGUUGGGAUCUGGAAAACAGCCAGUGGGAACAACUGCUUAUAUGGGGCGAGCAGAACAUUUGAUGCAAUGUCGUUCUAACGUUGAAAGAGCUGAAGAUUGGCUAAAUCCCAGUGCAAUUCUAGAGGCAUUUGAGGCUAGGGCGUUCAGAAUGGUUGUUUCCUGUGCUCAGAGUUUGCGCAAUUUCCCAAGCCCCGAAGAAGGAUUUGCGGAGCUGUCAGCAGAUUUAGCCGAGGUGGCAAUUGCUCACUGCCAGUUGAUUGUAGUUUCCAAAUUCAUUGAUAAAUUGAAACAAGAAAUUCCUGGAAAGGGGGUCAAACAGCAACUUAAAAAUCUCUGUAAUAUCUACGCACUGUCUCUUCUUCACAAGCACCAGGGUGAAUUUCUCGCUACCAGCAGUAUCACAGCCGAGCAGGCUUCACUUGCAAAUACUCAACUUAGAAAUUUAUAUUCCCAGGUCCGGCCAAAUGCUGUUGCACUAGUAGACUCAUUCAACUACACAGACCACUACCUUGGUUCAAUCCUUGGCCGUUAUGAUGGAAAUGUCUAUCCAAAGCUUUACGAGGCAGCAUGGAAGGAUCCGCUGAAUGAAUCUGUUGUGACCGAUGGUUAUGUUGAAUACAUUAAGCCUUUGCUCAAGGGGAAGUUACACUUGUCUAGGCUCUGAAAGAAGACCCAAAAAGCAAACUUUUCAAAUUUGGUUAGUCCAUUAAGUUAUUCCCUUGUCCUAAUGCAAUAGAGAACACUAUUCUUCUCCAUAAAAAUUUAGAAUUCCUCGCAUUUUGUUCUUCAAGGAAUAAGGCAAAGAACGAGUGAGUACUGUAGUGGCCAAUUCUUCAUCUGAGAUUCAGGAAUAGAUUGUUCGGUAUUAUCCAUAUUGUCAACUAGGCUUAAUUUACUCUUUUGUUGCUUGUCUAUGAGUUUUAUAACUUUACUCUUUUAUUCA